AUGUCCUUCCUACCUGCUUAUACACUUGACCCUGACCAUUCCACAUUCCUGCUUGCUCAAGAUGCUCGAGCAGCAUACAGCCUUGCUACCUGGUCAUAUAACCCUGAUGAAGAUCCAGAGACAUCGCUCGGAUGGCGUCGCGUGGAGUUACAAGACUAUCUGGUCAACGGACAAGGAACUCAAUCGAUUUCGGACCAACUGGAAAGACUGGACACACUCUUACCCCAAAUGUCUCGGCUACGCCAUAACGCUGUGUCUGUAUUGGAUAUCGCAAUGCUCUCCCCUCCUGUCCAUGAUGGGUUGCAAUUGUCAGAGUGGAGAUUCACCACGGAUUCGGAACGUAAGCGAAGGAGAAUCUACCAUACUGCGCCGUGGAAAACUUUCUUGGAAGAUCAGAAGAUUCUCAGAACCAUACUGCAGGAUCAACAGAGAAUGGCAGAACUUGUCCCGCACGAGUCGCUCCUCUCGGAAGCCGUCAAGACUUUGUCAAUGACCGCAGGGGAUGUUGUGACUAAGUGGAUUGAUGGUGACGGAGACUUCCCUGAUGCGGGAAUAGAAGAGAUGUCGAACGCUAUCAAUGGCUUAGGGGAAAUACUUGACAAUGUGGGGGAGAUGACAGAAGGGAAUUUAGUGAGCUUGAUAGAAGUAGGAAAGAUGAUGCUGGCUAGUGCGACGCCUGUCAACAUAGCCUUAUCAAAGUUGAUGGUAGUUGAAGUCUCAUCCAUAGCCAGUGAGGAGUAA